UCGCAGUAUAAAGCCUGAUGUUUAGACGUUAGGCGAAUUGUUCCACUUUUGUCAAACAUGCUUUGCGAUGCAAUUUAAAGUGAAAGAAAUGUUUCAAGUGUCGGUUUUGUUGUUCGGUAUGGCUGUUGCGGCCAGCGCGCGGAACGAGCCUGCGCCUGCCGCCAACCAAAUAGUCGCGUUCAAACAAAAAUCUUCGGGACCUGUGGGUUUUAUGACAACCAGUGCCGGAGCGCCAAUAGAAGUUACUGAUACGAGUACGCUGAAUAAAAACUUAAUCUUUAACGAGUUUUUCAUGGACUCCCUAACUCAUUUGGUGCGAGAGCGGAUUCCAGAAAGACUGGUGCAUGCAAAAGCGGGUGGUGCUUUUGGCUACUUCGAAGUAACGCAUGACAUCACUCACAUUUGCAAAGCAAAAAUGUUUAGUAAAAUUGGCAAGAAGACUCCAAUGGCCGCCAGAUUUUCCCCUGUGGUUGUAGAGAGGGGUGGUACCGACACUUCAAGAGAUGCUCGAGGUUUCGCGCUUAAAUUCUACACAGAAGACGGAAAUUUCGAUAUUGUCGGCUUCAAUACACCCAUGUACGUCUACAAGGAUCCAAUCUUAUUCCCGACAUUUGUACGCGCUCAAAAAAGAAAUCCUGCUACUAAUUUAAUCGACGGAAACAUGCUUUGGGACUUCUUAACAUUAAGACCAGAGAGUUUGCACAUGUUUCUCAUUGUGUUUGGUGAUCGCGGCAUACCCGAUGGAUAUAGACACAUGCCUGGAUUUGGUAUCCAUACGUUUGAGGUGUCCAACGAAGCAGGUGACAAGCACUUUAUCAGAUUCCAUUUUAUACCCGAUGCAGGCAUCAAAAAUCUUAGAUCAGCAGAAGCAGCAAAAAUAUCGGGCAUCGAUCCUGAUUAUGCUACUAGAGAUUUGUAUAACGCCAUUGCAAGUGGUAAGUUCCCCAGUUGGACGGUCAAAAUCCAGAUUCUGACAUUGGAUGAUGUCAAAAAUGCAAGGAUCGACGUGUUUGACGUAACAAAAGUGCUGCCUCAAGAUGAGUAUCCUUUACAUCCACUCGGAAGAUUUGUUUUGAAUAAGAAUCCUAUUAAUUACUUUGCGGAGAUCGAACAGUUGGCCUUCAAUCCAGCAAAUCUUGUAACAGGAAUACAGGGAGGACCUGACAAAGUAUUCGAAGCUCGUCGUCUGGCGUACAGAGACGCACAAUAUUACCGGCUUGGAGCAAACUUUAAUAAUAUUCCUGUAAAUUGUCCUAUUCAAACAAAAGUGUUUGCGUAUAAUCGUGACGGUGUCGCUCCAGUCAAAGAUAACCAAAGGGAUAUUCCUAACUAUUAUCCUAAUACUUUUAAUGGUCCGGUUCCAUAUAAAGAAGAGAAGCACGCUGAGUUGAUUCAAAUCUACCAGGACGAGGCAAAUAACUUUGAACAAGCUAGGGAAUUGUAUAUAAACGAAAUGACAAAAGAUGAACGCAGUAGGCUUGUCGAAAACGUUUUGUACAGUCUUGGCGGUGCUAUACAGUCUUUACAAGACAGAGCUGUGAAGUUCUUCACGCUCAUACAUUCGGACCUUGGCAGCAGGAUCGAACAAGGAUUACAGGUGAACCGAACCGGGUUUAACUGGGAUCACGAUAUUUAAUUCAUUGUAAUAUGAAUUGUAGUAUUGCACAAGUUACUUUAGUGUAAUUAGUUGCCAAUUCCAACACAAUGUUACGAAUUAUCUGUGUUCCAUAUCUUAACCAAAUUCUUGUAUCACAUUCUGUAUGAAGGAUUUAUAUUGCCAAAGAUCGAUUACUCAUCAUCGAAAUGUUUAACGAUAUCAUAAAUAACAUCGCAAGAAUUAAUAUAAUAUUUUACAGUAUUUAUUUUGAUGCUACUUAUAAUGAUUAAAUUGUGUGAUGGACGGCUAUUUGUGAAGUUGUGGUGUAAACGCCUACUUAUAUUGUAGCAUCAAUGUAUACCGCGAGUAUGUUUGCUGUUGUAUACCUUAGAGAUAGUAGUAAGCACGUAGUUUUAGACAUUGUUGAUUUAUUAUACGAUUGGAGACGAA